UCCUAUCAGCCUCAGACCAAGCGCCGGUGCGUAUCCCUUUUCUUCUUCUCCCAAGUUGUAGCUACGAUUUCGCAAAGCAAUGAUUGAACCCAUGUGUGGAGGCCCCUGAUCCGUAGAUCAACUAAACGUUUGCGUGUCGGAAAUAGAGCUCUGGUUUCCCACAGGUGGCAUGCGUAACCGCAAGUUGCCGUCUCCACGUCAGACCUGCCAUGACCUUCACUUUUUGAACUAGCCAACAAUCGCCCUCCACAUUGACUUCGUCCUCACCUCACGUCACCUCAUCUUACCCAACGUCGUACAUCAAGACUCUACACAUAUUCAACAGCAUUGACGAGGAAGACGGCGCAAUGGCGCAGCCGUUGGAUCUCGCAAAAACUCUAGUCAAGUCUGUCAUGCGCGCCUUCUACGAAACGCGCCACAUUCUAAUCAUCGACGCUUUGAUCAUUCACUCUGCGCUUCGUGACGAUGACUUGGCUUACCUGAUGGCGACGAAUACAAAGGAUCUCCAUAAAGCAUGCGGAAAGCUCAGGGAAGAUCGCUUUCUCGCAGUAUACACAAGAUUGGAAUAUCGCGAAGACCCCAAGAAUCCCGAAGCGAAACCUCGUCCCGUCAACCGAACAUACUACUACAUCGACUACCGUCAGACCAUCGAUGCCAUCAAGUGGCGUGUGUACACCGUCGACAAGCAGAUACAGGGCACCACAGUGCCAGCGAGCGAGCGCAAAGAAUACUUCUGUGGGCGCUGCAAAUCGGAAUGGACGCAGAUGGAGGUGCUCGAUAAUGUUGGCCCCGAGGGCUUCGUUUGUCACCGGUGCGGCGCUCCGCUCACCCACGAUCUUGAGCGCAACUCGACCGGCCACGAGCAAUCAACACGACUUAACAACCAAUUCAAGUUCAUCACCGAACUUCUGCCACGGAUCGACGAGAUGGUUGUACCUGACAAUACGUUCGACAUUGCAAUCAGCAAAGCCCUGCCCGUCGUCCGCGAUGCGAGCUACCAAUCCGUUACAACCAUACCCGUUUCAUCCUUGCAACCCACAUCAGUCAAGGGCCUCGAUAACGUCGGACCCAAGUCAAUGUCUGUCAGCAUCUCCACAUCAGACGGACCAUCAGAGGCAGAAAAGGCAGCGGAGAAGGCGCGCAAAGAGAAGGUCGCACAGCAGAAUGCGCUUCCAUCGUGGAUGUCGAACAGUACCGUCACUGGCGAGUCUUUCUCGGCCCAGGCAGGUCCGACGGCUGCCGCCAAGAUAGAAGAAACGGAUGACAAGGACACCGUGAUCAAAUCAGCAGACAACCCAGAACACGCAGAGCUGGACGAUUACUUCGCUCGCCUCAAGGCUGAGCAGGAGGCCGAAGCGGCAAGGGCGAUGGAGGAAGAAGAGGACGACGACGAUGAAGAUGAAGAGGAGGAUGCUUUUGAGGAUGUGACGCCAAGUAUCGCGACCCCAGCUCCGCUUAUCAAGACGGAGCCAUCACCUGACUCGGAAGAAAGAGUAGUCAAGAAGGUCAAGGUAGAAGCACCCGCGGAUGGAGAUGAUGGCGAGAGCGACGAAGACAUGGAAUUCGAGGACGUCUAGGAGCAAUGAUAUUUGUCGGAAUGUACAUCCUUCCCCUCACAGGACCUGAGGUGUACGUGGUCAGGGAGGCAGAAUACAACAACUGAGAUCCAGCAAGAGUCAAAUGCUUAGUCCAGCCUUGUCCACGAGUUUUUGAGAGUUGUGAAUUAACCACACAUAGAUAUUUCAGGUUACGGACCG